GGGAGCGUGGGGAAAGGAGGCGGGAGUAGGAGAGAGAAAAGGGGAGCGACGUAGGCAAGAGAGAGCCCCCGGACUUUCAGGGGACUGGAGGGCCAAAUGGUGGGAGCGGGAGGCGGUGCGGCUGUUCCGCUUAUAGUUGGUGCUUUUGCUGCGAGGGGCGAAGCUGCGUGGGAGAGGGGAUCGCAGGUGCCUAGAGGCUGUGUGUGGGGAGAGGGUUUGUGUGGGGAACGAGUUGGGUACGCACUCAGGAAGGGUGGGCCCCCGUCUAACCCUGCUGAGAGUCCGGGCAGCGGGCGGAGAGCCUGCAGGCCUGCAGAGCUGUGAGCAGAGGGGCAGGGAAUGGGCAGGUGAGUGGGCGCGAGGCUGGUGAGCCGGUGAGAGUCCUGGGCCUCCAGUUUGGGGGUGAACACAGUGCCCGGUCCUGGGCCCGGGACGCAGGUGUGCUGUCACCCACUUGGCUGGUUAUUUCCCCUGGGUGGCCAGCUCGCCAGGUAUGGUGCCAGGGGGUGGGGAGGUAGAGGAGAAGGUGGGUGUUGCCAAGUAAGAAGUUAGUGGGUGGGUUUCGGGGAGCGCUGGUCCAGGCCCAGGGCACAGGCCGCAGCCAGACUCCGUGUUAUUGCCCAAGUCCUGGCAGUAUGCAUUGCCUGGGCGUUUGCCCUGGGAGCCUGGUGGUAUGCCAGUCACAGCACAGUCCUAGGGUCUGCCCAGUUCUGCCCUGCUGAGCUGGCAGGCUGUUGGAUGCCUGGAGGGUGCUCCUGCUGUCUGGCACAGAUGCAGCGUGGGCUGGUGCGAAUGGGGAGGUGGGCACUGUUACUGUGAACCCUUCUGGAAGCAGGGGAUUUGGAGAAAUUCUCUAAUCUCAUCUCCUCUUUGAAGGAGGAGAUGGAGUGAGCCAUAUCUGGUUCCAAACAGAGGACAUUGUAUGGAAUUGGGGUUCAGGAUCUUUGACAUAAAUUUGCAGCCAAGUUGGAGAAUGGAAAUGGAUGCCAAGGGGAAAAUGAAUAUUCGAGGUUUAGGUUUUAGGUAGAUGGGUCAGUCCCCCACAGCCCCUUGUUAAAACACAUAGACAUUUCCCCAGAAUGGUAUCUUUGGAGACCAAAAGAAAACAAACCUCAAAAGAAAAGCUAGUAAUGUAUUUCUAAUUCUAACUGGGAUUACUCAUGAUUUUUGGGGUGGUAAGGUCUUAGUUUUCUAUGGCCUUGUCCUUUUUUGUAUUUAAGCCUCUGGGCUUUCACCUCACACCUCUGUCCAUGCACGCAUGCUAUGCACGUGACACAUUUUAAAGGGAACUUGAGCUCUUGGGAAAGUUGCCAGGUGUCUAUAAAAGGAAAGACCCGAGAGCAGCUUUUCAAAUCCUUGUAAACAUUGGGUCUCCUUUUUAUCAUAAGCCUAAAUCUCUAUAAAGACUGUUUGUGGAUUAGACAACCUUUUAAUUUGGUGGGUGGAUUUAUUCCUAAGGCUUCACCUUAGAAUAAGGAAGUUGGGUCUGGAAGGUAGGUCUUGAGGUGACCACGGUGUUUGGAGAUGCACAGUCUUGACCUUCAUUCAAGCUGUUCAGGUAUUUCAGUGACAGCUAAGCUGCUAGGCUGUCCGCAAGACUCAGCAGGAUGGAAGGGCAAUCCAGAUGAAAGACAGGACUUGAUGAAUCCACUUCUAACCCGGUAAAACAUGGAGAGGAAAAACCCACCCAGAGAGAGCCCCAGAAGACUCUCGGCCAAACUGGGCAAAGGCACAGAGAUGAAGAAAGUGGCUCGUCAGCACGGCAUGGCAGCUGCUGAGUCAGAUAAGGACUCUGGAUUUUCAGAUGGGAGCUCAGAAUGUCUGAGCUCGGCAGAGCAGAUGGAAUCCGAGGACAUGCUGAGCGCCUUAGGCUGGGGCCGGGAAGACAGGCCAAGGCAGAACUCCAAGACUGCAGGCAGUGCCUUCCCUGCACUGUCCCCGAUGGUUGUCAUGAAGAACGUGCUGGUCAAACAGGGCGGCAGCUCGUCCCAGCUCCAGUCGUGGACCGUCCAGCCCUCCUUCGAAGUGAUCUCGGCUCAGCCACAGCUGCUGUUCCUCCAUCCGCCCGCGCCCGCUCCCGUCAGCCCAUGUCACGCCGGCGAGAAAAAGUCGGACUCCAGGAACUACUUGCCCAUUCUAAAUUCUUACACCAAAAUAGCCCCCCACCCGGGCAAAAGGGGCCUUUCCCUCAGCCCGGAAGAAAGAAGGGAAAACGGGGUGCAGAAGAAAGUCUGCACGGAGAGACUUGGGCCGAGCUUGUCUUCCAGUGAGCCCACCAAGCCUGGUGCCGCGCCACCCGGGCCCCCCGCGCCGGCACCCCCAGGCGCCAAGCUCGCCGCGGACUCCGCCCCGCAGGGUGUGCCCUCCCUGGUGGCAGGCGGGAGCCCACAGACUCUUCAGCCCGUGUCCAGCAGCCACGUGGCCAAAGCCCCCAGCCUGACCUUUGCCUCCCCCGCCAGCCCCGUCUGCGCGUCAGACAGCACUCUGCAUGGCCUGGAGAGCAGCUCCCCGCUGUCGCCGCUGUCAGCCAGCUAUGGCUCGCCUCUGUGGGCCGCGGAGCACCUGUGCCGCAGCCCCGACCUCUUCGCGGAGCAGCGGCGGAGCAAGCACAGGCGCUUCCAGAAUACCCUGGUGGUCCUGCACAAGUCCGGUCUGCUGGAGAUCACUCUGAAAACCAAGGAGUUGAUUCGUCAGAACCAGGCGACUCAGGCGGAGCUAGACCAGCUGAAGGAGCAGACCCAGCUGUUUAUAGAGGCCACCAAGAGCAGGGCUCCUCAGGCCUGGGCCAAGCUGCAGGCAUCGUUAACAUCGGGCUCUAGUCGUGCCGGCAGCGACCCAGAAGCCUUCUCUGACCACCCAGACAUGUAACACAGGAGGCGUAUUUCCCUGUUACUUGAGCGGUUCUUUUUAACUCUUGCGGUUUCUACUCCUGUUUCCCAGAGCUUAUGUAAGAGCUUUUCCUUCUGAACUUAAACCGUUUGGCAGUUCACUUACGAAGCCACAUGCCAGGACCUGGCUGUCUUAACCUGUGGUCUGUGCACAGUUUACACACGUCUCCGUUCUUCUGAGGACCUCGGAUGCGGAGUGUCCUCGAGUCCCCCUUAACUUAGCCUGCAGGCUGGUAGAUGGGUCACGGGGCAAAGCAGGCGAGCUGGUUGUGUGGGGCUCUUCUGGCUGCCACCUCCCACCAUCCCACUCACUGUGAUCAAGGGCACAGUGACAGGGAUGAGUCCACAGAGUGACAUCUGUCAAACCAGGGAGUAGGUGACAUAAGGAUCCCUUUGUGGAUCUCCUCAUGGAUAUCUUAUGCACAGAGAAAAAUAUGAGGUGUGCUCAUGUUCCACGAGGCAUCGUGCCAUUUGGGUGAAAACUAAAAUGCCAUGGGCACAGGUUGGGCCGAGGGUGUAGGCGCUUAAUCAUGUGAAGCUUUGUCUUCCUCAACUGGAAAGUCAAGGGGAGAGAAGGGUAGCACCAUUGAACUCUUACACUUUAGUUCCAAGCCAGAUUUCUCUUCACUUAAACUGGUAGGCAAAAUACUUCAGAUUUUUAAAGUAUGGAAUAGAUUCGGUACCAUCUGGAAUUAUAAUUGCUGAAUUGCUUUUUUUUUUUUCUUUCUUUUUUUUUUUUUUGACUUAGACUCUGAAGAAAGUAGACAUGGCCAGCAUCUCUUGAUUGGGAGCUGGAAGAUUCUGGAAAUUUGUGCUUCCCCCACCCCCUCUUUUGAAACAGUGCAACCUGUUGUAUGUAUGAAAAUCUCCAAGGUAGCUUCGUGGUUCCUAAGAAUGGAUGUAAGUUAACCCCUCUGCUGCCACUUUUUUUUUUUUUCCUUUUGUUUUUGUCAAACAGGAAAGAAAUGAUUACUGAGCUUGGUAAACUUUGAAUUAAAACCAUCCUGAGGUCAUGACACAGAAGUCCCCAAAAUAUUGGAGACCAUUCUUUGUACCGAUUUUAUUUUCAUACCCAAAGUUUUCGUUUGUCGCCUGUCACAGUGACGUGGAGCGAUGUGGGGCGGAGUCUUCUGUGUUGCCUACGUGCAUUAGAUAUCGGCAGCAAAGCCAGAGGUGUGGUGUUGGUUAUUUGAAGUUCAUCUAGAAAUGGAGGGUGUGAUAAGAAUUUCCAGAUGAUCCCGAUUCUUUUGGCUUCGUGCUAAAGGUAAAUGGGAUUUCUAAGUAGUAGCAUUUCAGACUUUUUAUCCUUUCAUCUAAAAAUGUUGAAAAAUCUUGAAAUUUUGAAAUUUCAGAUCUUGAAAUUUGAAAUGUUGAAAAAUCAUCUUGAAAAAUCUAUGUACAAAUUAUCUUAAGAAGAAGUUCUGUAUGACCAGCUUCGUCUUUUCUGCACUAAAAUGUUCUUGAAGUUUUACCAAGGCCAGAAGCUAAUGCUCAGAUUUACCAGGUAGUUGUUAACUGUAACAUGGUUUUGAAAUGACAAGACUUCAGAUUGCCCACACUUUGUUGUCCACCAUGUAUGAUUUACAUACGGCUGACCAAUUUAGAAAUAGCUUGGUAAAAUCUCUACACUCUCCUGAUCCAGGGCAGAAUUACUACCUGCCAUUUACUUUCUGAAAAAGAGUUUCAAAAUCCCAGCAAAUGUGUCUUUAAGCAGACCCUCGGCUCCUUUGAAUAUUCUCCUCUUGGCCCACUCCCUUUGCCUCCCCUGAAUCUGUGCUGCUACGACAGCCCUGCUCUGCGCACCAUGCUAGGAAGCUUCCUUUUUGGCAGAAUAUGUUGGCAGCAAAGCUAGAGAGACAGGUGGAUUCAGAAAAGCCUGGGCACCAGUCAUGAGUCUUACUGAGUGUCAAAAAUCUGAACAUACUUGCUGAGAACCAAAUUUAUUCCAUCAGAAAAACCCUCUGUGGAGCUAUAAGCCUCUUGGACUCUUCUUCCUAGAUCAGGGUUUGCAUUUCCCUUCCUGUUAUGGUAAAAGAUGAUGAGAGCCAUCAUCGAUCUGCACUGCUGAGUGGCAGGGCGAAGCAGCACCUCCCCGGCUCUUCUCUGAUCGUGUGACUUAGUGUUGGAAGUCGCUCUAGGCUGUUAGCAUGGGUGUUCCUUCCCUCGUGGAGCUGUAAGCAGAUGAAGCCAAAUAGGGAAGCUAGUUCUUGGAAGAAAAAGUCCGUUGAGGCUCCCAGACGUUUGGGGCCAGAAGCCAGAUCGGCAAAUGGAGGAACCUCGGAGUAGACCAGAAAGAUCUCCAUUGGUUGCACACGGCUGUAAGUAGGAAUGGUCUUAGAGAGCAUGCUUUGAUCUGGUAUGAACUACUGUGGCAGGGCUGCUGGCUUCUGAAGGCGAGAAGCAAUUCUUAGUUCAGACCAACCCUUAAAGAGAACUUUUGGCAGAUUUUUUGGCCAUGUUGAAACACAUCUAGAAAAAGCUGCUGGUUGAAUUGGCUAUGGGAAUGGAGUUUAAUAACAUUUGUAAUUUAUUACAGUCGUUGCUUUUUAUUGAUUACAGUAUUGUCUGACUUUACUAUGAGUCCUUCAACAGAAAAGUAACCCUUGUGCAUAUAUUGAAGUGUUUUUCCUGCUAUGAAUUCUUUAGGGUAGAGAUUUAUUUACCAAAUGUGAAUUCUUUUGAGGAAGUAUGAAGUUUUGUAGAAAUCGACUGUGAAAUGUCAGAGAAAAAUAAAAGUCACUUACUUGAAAACUA